AUGGGCCAAGGGGUCUCGUUUCAGAGCGAUGGUGAAGAGGGCUCUUCGACUCUCCUGAACAAUGACAGCCCCAGAUUGAACAACUGCGGGCAGCUAAGGUUCCCUGGUGCUUUUCCGGAGCAGGAAGAGCCUCAAGGUGACCCUGAAACACUAUCCGAGGAAUAUACCACCACAACAGAUAUGGGCGAGCAGCGAAGCCGCCGCUCAUCAUUGAAGAGCGAGGCCGAAGGGAUCACUUCCAACCAAGAGGAGGUAUCCCCCAUUCUGGACAAAGGAAAACAGCGAGCUACUUCUGUUCAGGACGAUGAUGCGAGGACACGUGUAUCAGGGUGUUCAACGAGUUCCUUGGUGGAUCAGUUCGGGGGUCUUGAGGUCAGGCAGGAGCGCUCCAUUUCGGCGGCAAAUGACACCCAGUUGGACGGUAACAUGACGAAGGCCGCUCGGGCCAAAGCUAUCCACGAUAUCCUCACGCGUGCUCCCCUUGUAAAUAACGCAGGAGUGCAGAUUGCCAGCGGCUCCAAAAUUACCGGUGCGGGCCCCGUCAUCGCUGGGGGAAACGUCAUCACUGGAGGAACCGUCAGCCUCAAUAUCUAUAAUACGCCCAAGGACGCUGUCAACGGCAAGUGCUUCCAACACGCCAACUUCCACCUGAUUCAACAGCACAAUUACGAGAAAUGGACCAAUGGAACACUUGCUUGGUUCACCGACUCGGAGGACUAUCUUGACUGGAAAGCCGGAAAACAUCGCGUCCUUUGGGGCACAGGCAUUCCCGGGGCCGGGAAAACGAUCCUUGCUGCGAGGACCAUUCACGACCUUCAGCAACUGCAACGAACUUCUCACCAGAAGAUUUGCGUAGUAUUCGCCUACUGCCGAUAUUCCGCUCAAUUGAGCGUCAAGGAUAUUCUCGAAUCACUCGUGAAGCAAUUCCUCAAAACCGACCCAUCCCUUGCAGACCUCGUCAAGCCCCUGUAUUCGCUGCACGAAGAGAAGGAAACUCGUCCCACUCAAGAAGAACUCUUGGAGUUAUUGCGGCAAUUCGAGGAGCGGUUCGACGUCGUGUUUUAUGUGAUCGACGGACUGGACGAGGCGCUGGUCGACACCCAGUUCGACCUGAUCAAAGCCAUUAAGGCACUCCGGGGCCGGUUUGCGUUGACAUCGCGGCCAUUGAAGAGGCUUGAAGCAGCGCUCCCAUCUACCAGGUUCUACCCAGUCACCGCCAGCCAUUUCGACAUUGGUCUCCUCAUCCUGCGGGUGGUCGACCGUAAUCCUGGGUUCCAGCGUCUUCUGAAGGAGCAUUCCUUCAAAGGCGAACUGGUCCGACAGAUUUCGGAGAAAUCGAAGGGGAUGUUCCUUGUUGCGGCGCUGCAGAUCGAAAUGGUCCAACACUGCCUCAGUAUCUUGGAACUGCAACAGGCGCUGGAUAGUUUGCCGGCGGACCUUCACGACAUAUACUCCCAAGCUCUGAAGCGUAUCAACGAGCAGCCGAAACUACAUGCUGACCUCGCCAAACACGUCCUUCUGUGGCUCGUUUUCGCACGGGAAGCCUUCACCUUUCCCGAUCUGCAAUAUGCCCUCAGUCUCACACUUCCUGAUCGCCCUGGUGGCGUCGACAAGGAAGCCCUUGUGUCAAUAUGCUGCGGACUGGUUACCGUGGAGGCUGAGACGGAUCUUGUCCGCCUAGUCCACUUCACCGCGCAAGAUGCUCUCGCGCCAAUCCUGAAGGAAUAUAUCCCAGACCCACAAGGCGUGCUCUUUGCCGUAGCCGCGCAACGCCUCAUUGACUGUGGCAUCGUCGACAACUCGGCGAGUAUGAAGUACAACGACGACCUCGACAGUGCACUCAAAGGACACCCGCUUUUGAAAUACUGCUACGACCACUGGGCCUACCACGCACGAGAGGGCAUGGCAAAUCCAGCAUUGCAUGAUAACGUCCUCGCCUUUGUCCGCCGAUGCAAAUCGUUCCCAGAGAAGGAUCCGCUUUAUUCUAAUCUCAAAUUUCUGUCCCCCCUCCAUGUCGUGGCCCGACACGGCUUUCAUAGUCUCCUCGACGAAGUUCUGAAAAUCGCAGGAGGAAAGGUGACGCUGCGCACGCGUGGGCGGAGGAAGGUCACCCCAUUGAUGCUAGCCUCGGAGCAUGGCCAUGUAAAAGUCAUUGAUGCGCUGCUGCGAUACACUAGAAGUUCGAUGAUGCGGUCGACGUUGAAUGGCGAAGGGGGACUAGGGAGCCAUCUGUUCCUGGUUCAGCUUAAUCUUCGCGAUAGUAGGGGGAUGACGGCUCUUAUGCUUGCGUCCAGAGGGGGGCAUGAAGAUGCAGUGCAGCGCCUGCUCGCGCACAAGGACACCCAGGUCAAUCUCGCCGACAACAACAGCCGGACAGCAUUGAUGUUCGCGUCCGAAAAUGGCCACGAGGGCACCGUUCAGCGCCUGCUUGCGCACAAGGACACCCAGGUCAAUCUCGCCAACAACAACGGCGAAACGGCAUUGAUGCUAGCGUUGCGCUAUGGCCACGAGGGCCCCGUUCAGCGCCUGCUCGCGCACAAGGACACCCAGGUCAAUCUCACUGGCAACUUUGGCCAGACGGCAUUGAUGCUCGCGUCGGAAUAUGGCCACGAGGGCCCCGUUCAGCGCCUGCUCGCGCACAAGGACACCCAGGUCAAUCUCGCCAACAACUACGGCUCGACAGCAUUGAUGUAUGCAUCGUGCUAUGGCCACGAGGGCACCGUUCAGCGCCUGCUCGCGCACAAGGACACCCAGGUCAAUCUCGCCAACAACGACGGCGAAACAGCACUGAUGCACGCAUUGAACCCUGGGCUGAGUAUGCCUGAAUGGUACCGUCCACACUGGUACUCUCAGUGGGACCAGAAAUUGCGGCAGAAGUUGCUAGCGCUCUUCCUUGGGCACAGCGAGAUUGACGCCAACGCUGCCCGCAAAGAUGGGGAUACUGCCCUGAUUUUAGCCGCAAGGGAUGGGCGCUCGGAGGCUGUCUCUCUGCUCCUCCAACACCGCGGGAUCAAUGUCCAGCACAUGAAUAAAAAGGGUGAAACAGCGUUGGCGGUAGCUCGGAAGGGGAAACUUCAAGUUUCCCCUUCCAAGCUUGAGCCAAAGAAACUUGAAGAUGGGACUGGAACGAGGGAAGAUUACGAGGCUAUCGUGAAGAUGCUCACCAAGUUCGAGCGACGGUCUUGA